CACUUUUUCCUGAAGAUUUAUUUUUAUUCCAUUCGCUGUGCUUCGGAGGGAGGUAGAAAAAGAUAAAGAGAGAGAAACCACCUGCCGAAGUUUCCGUGCAUUCCAAUACGGCAACGCCUUCACGUCCUUCUUGCCGACCAGCGAAGCAAGCAGAAAGCACAGUCGGCCAUCAGCGCUCGCAGCAGAAGCGAGCAACACUUGUUGAAAGUAUCCGCCGCUAGUUGGCGGUACAACAGGUACAGCGAUCUCCAGUUUGCUAAGGGUAGAAUCUACUUUGCGGCCACACUAGGAAGAACGAGGAUUGUGGACAGAGAGACAGCUCUGUAGGCCCAGCUCUGCAGGGUAGGACGAGAGAUGAACCGUCCAAUCCAAGUGAAGCCUGCCGAUAGCGAGAAUAGAGGAGAAAAGUACAGUCCUUCUGAUUCAUCGAAAAAUCCACGGGGUUGCGCGUUCGUGAAAUUCGGAUCUCACUCAGAAGCACAAGCUGCGAUCGGAGCGUUACACGGAAGCCAAACAAUGCCCGUAAGUAAAGGGGCAUCGUCUAGCCUUGUCGUGAAGUUCGCCGACACAGAAAAAGAAAGGCAAAUGAGGAGGAUGCAACAGAUGACGGGAAACAUGGGAGGCCUCCUCAAUCCUUUCAUUUUCAACCAGUUCGGUGCUUAUGGUGCAUACGCACAGGUAGAUCUCAAUUUCAUGCAACAGCAAGCCGCCCUGAUGGCCGCCGCGGCCCAAGGGGGUUACAUGAAUCCGAUGGCUGCUCUGGCCAUUGCGCAGUUGCCUCAGAUGACGACGGUCCCCAACGGACUGGCGAACCCUGCCAUCACCCCAACUUCAGGUUCGGGGACUCAGAGUGUGAAUGGAGCUAUCCCUAACUUGCCUUCCCCCACCAUGCCCACCUUUAGCGUGCCUCAAGCAAACGGGCAGGCAGGAGAAGUCUACACCAAUGGCAUGCCGCAUUACCCACUAAUUGCAAUACCUGAAUUAGGUGAAGAUUAUAAAAAAUCACGUUGCAGAAACGCAAUACUCUUGACUCAAGCCAUACCUAACGGGGAUGCUCUGCAACCCACCGCUUAUCCAAGUCUGCAACCCUAUCCGGGAAUACCCGCCUACCCCACUGCAUUCGGUCAGUUUGGUCAAGCCCUCACUCCUCAGCCUGCCGUAGUUGCCCAGACUCAGAGAGAAGGUACGUACAUUCCUGGUCCGGAGGGAUGCAACCUCUUCAUCUAUCACCUACCCCAAGAAUUUGGUGACGCCGAGCUCAUGCAGAUGUUCAUGCCCUUUGGCAACGUCAUCAGCGCCAAGGUGUUCAUCGACAGAGCUACCAAUCAGAGCAAGUGCUUCGGUUUUGUGAGCUUCGACAACCCCGCUAGUGCCCAGGCUGCCAUCCAGGCUAUGAACGGCUUCCAGAUAGGAAUGAAGCGUCUUAAGGUUCAAUUGAAACGCCCUAAGGACGCUAACAGGCCGUACUAACGUCGAGUGCCCGCCUCUACCGAUCCUCACCUAAUAUAAAAGGUUAUGCUGGGUAUUUAAAAAACCGUCAGUUCAUUCAUUUUUUGGAAAAGAAAUAUCUAGCAUUAUGGAUUGUUACUUGAAUGCUAGCUAUUAGAGCGUGAUCCAAUUUUAAAGAAAUUUUAGAUUACUAGAGAUCUCAAGAUUUUUUUUUCUUUCAUCUAUUUUAAGUUGGCACUGAACGGUUUUCUUUACCCUUUUCUCAGCGGAAAGAAGAAAGAAAACGCAAGAAAACACAAAACUGUAAAUAAAAUCCAACGUCUAAAUGGAUUUUAUGAUUCGUAGCUAUUACGUUAGGUUUUGCUUGAUAUCCACACCAUGCAGUAGCCAUUCUUAGAUUUAUCCUUUAAACAACGUUUGCCGCUUUUACGAAAGAUAAAUAUUUAAUGAAGAAGAAAAAAAUAUUAUCUUUGUUUCCAUGCCAUAGUGAGACCACACGUAGAUACACUCAGCACUGUAGAAUUAGUGAAGAUUACUCAGCAAAUGUAAAGAACAAAACAAAGAAACUAUUCAACGUUCUUUGUGGUAUACAUAAAGUAAAGUAGAAAAAAAAACUGCGUUUUGUUUCGGGUGAAAGAAGAUAUAAACUAGACUAUAAAACUUCCCAGUUGAAAAAAAAAAAGAGAACGUAGAUUUAGAGAAUAUCUGAUAUAAUUGUUAAAUGAUGAUCAUUCAUUGAUUGCCACAUACAAACUCUAUGAGAUAAAGUGGCUAAAGAUUUUUUUAAUAUUAAUACUUUUUCUUUAUCACAACAGAAGGUAGUAGAAAUAUGGAAAGAUGAUACUGAUGAAUAUGUUUAACAAAAUUCUUACAACCGUCAUAUCAGCACAAGAGACUAUACUAACAUCGGCACUGUUGUGUUCUUCCAACUUUCCUAGCCAAAGCGAGGACUUGAAUAGCUCCUAUUACUUUCAGGUGACGUCACGCCAAAUUCUGAUGACGUCAUAAGCCAAAGAACCUAUCCAGCUCUGGAUGAAGAUAUAUUUAUGUGUGUGCGAGCACUGUUAAUCCACUUUUGGCUCACAACAUCAAAUAAACAGUUGCGAGUCCGAUAAACUGCAGAGAAAUUCUAGACUAUGUCCAAAGUUAGCACACAUAUAUGCAUAUAUGUUUCACUACAACCAAAGACUUUACAUGAAAACUAAAGAUAAGAAUUAUUGGUUUUCCUUACGAUGUAUAGAUUACAGAAUCAAACCCACUGUUUGGAACAUUUCUAUUAUCAUUCACCUUUGAAAUGUAUUUUAUCUCCCUCUGCACUGUAACAUUUUAUUUUAGACAUUUUCAUUACAUAUAACUUCCUCUUGCUUAAUACUUGAACUUACAAUUUCUUUUCUUUACAAGCCUUGGGCAGGAGUUUCCAGUCAAUACUAAGAAUGCUACAUAAAGCCAGAGUUUUGUGUGCUUUUAAUCUGUUCAAAAUGAAUGCUUCAUAUAAAGGAAUUUGUUGAAUUAUAUUUGUAGUUAAUCAAAGAGUGUUAAAAUAUUUAAAAGAUGAAAUAAGAAUAUUACCAAUUCUCCCGAAAAAGAUCUGCAUGCUUUGGGCAUUCGUAGGACCAAACUGGAAAUUCUUGACCAUGUGUACCAGAAAUGGUACGGGCCGUACAUGAUGAAGCCAAGUACCGGUACGUUUUCCUCCGGUGCUCUCUGACAAACAGGUUUUGACACCUGUAAGAACGUAUUUUCCAAUAAGUUUGAUGAAAGAGUGUUUAGAUAAUAUACUUCCUGUAUCUUUCUACACGCUAGAGUACAGAUAUUGUUAGAUAUAUAAAGUGGACUUUCAUCAUUGUUAUGUUUGAGACCGAACAUUCCAAACCAGAUAAAGUAUUUUGUCUUUCAUUUUUAAUUUAAGUAUAUGCUUAUUAUACAUUUUGAAAUGUGACUCAUUUUUAUAACUUAUUCUAAUUUGUAUAAUUUUCCCAUGGUUAUGAUAAGAAAAUAAAUUUUUUUA